AUGAAGUGCACAUGCUCGGCUGCCGUGGCAGCAGCCCUUUUGCUGGCGUCUGUUUCGGCGCAGACGUUUCGGCGCCUUGGAGCUUGUCCAACGCUUGGUUGUGUCUUCCCUCCUGACCAGGCUGAUUUCCUCGCUGGUCAAUUCUUCGAUAUCCGUCUCGAGGUCCAUCAGCCCAAGAAUGGCUCCGAGUUUAACGGUCUUCCUCUAGACGAAAAGUUCACUUUUACCGUUGGCAAGAAGGGCGAACAAGCAAAGCCAGUCACCGAAUUCUUCGAGCUUGAUGAGCCCAAGCUGGAGAAGUGGAACUUUACAUGGUACGAGGACCUAUUCGCGCGCGACGCAAAGAAACCCUCUUUCGUCAACGUAGCUUCCAAAGCCUACCGCCGUAUUGCUCUUUACGAGCCCGGCGAAUAUACCGCCACUUUGCAUUACAACAAUGGCAGCAAGACCGAGGCCACAUGGAUCGUCCGCGACCUGGCAGAAGAACGCAAGACAAAGAACAUUAUCCUCUUCAUCGGAGACGGCAUGACUACUGCAAUGAUUACUGCAGGCCGACUGAUUGCCCAUAAAUCAACCAACGGAAAGUACCAGUCCACACUCGCUAUGGAUAAAUUCCCAAUUCUUGGACACCAGGUAUACUCGGCCAAUUCAGCCGCCGCGCUAAACACGGGCCACAAGAGCAGCGUGAACUGUCUCAAUGUGUAUGCGGAUAGCUCCGCCGAUCCCUUUGACGACCCCAAAGUAGAGUCUAUUGCUGAGAUAUUCCACCGCCUAACCGGCGGACACAUCGGGAUCGUUUCGACUGCAUUCAUUGCCGAUGCUACUCCGGCCGCUUUGGUUGCCCAUACUCGUCUUCGAAGUGAAUACGGAGCAAUCGUAGACACGUUUCUCAACGGGCUGCAGAACUACACUUGGACGAAGACGCCCAUUGACGUGAUUUUUGGCGGCGGGGCCGAGCAGUUUUACCCGCCUGAGCUUGGGGGCAAGACCUACCAGAACAGGAACUACUAUGAUGAGUUUGCGGCCCAGGGCUACCAAAUCAUUCAGAACCGCACUGCUCUUCUGGCUGCGCCGAGCGACAAGAAGACACUGGGGAUUUUCUCCACAUCCAACAUGGCCAAGUGGCUUGACCGCAACGUUUACCGUCAGAACAUGAAUCAGACGGUAUCUCCUACUGGUGACAAGAAGCCAGCUCUCGACCAGCCUGGCCUCAAGGAAAUGACCCUGAAAGCUAUUGACAUUCUUGAGAGCCGUUCCGGUGAUGCCGGGUGGCUACUCAUGUCUGAGGCGGCAAGUAUCGACAAGAUGAUGCACGUUCUGGACUACGACCGCGCUCUUGGCGAGCUUCUUGAACUCGACGACACUGUGAAGGCCACAAUCAAACACCUCAACUCUAUAGACUCUCUGAAAGAGACGCUUAUUCUUGUUACUGCCGAUCACGGCCAUGGUUUCGAUGUUAUGGGCUCUGUUGACACGCACUACCUUGCUGCCCAGAAUGUUGAUCGCAAGAAGCGCAGCGCAAUAGGCGUGUACCAGGAAUCGGGCGAAUCCCAAUACAUCAACACUGGCAAUCUGACUUACAGCUCUUCCAACUUCCCGUCGAACUGGGAUCCCCGCUACACCCUAUUCCAAGGCCUUAUGGCUGAUCCUGAUCGUCGCGAAUCUUGGUCAGUGAGAAAAGAAGGUCCCCGUAAGCCAGCGGUUGAACUGGAAGAGGAUAGCGACGAUUACUAUGUCAACCCCAAGGACGGCAAGGGCGGUAUUUUGCUCAACGGAACACUACCCGUGGAGAAGGAUCAGGGCGUACACUCCUUGACCGACGUCCCGGUUUACGCCAUGGGCCCCUGUCAAGAACUGUUUCAGGGAACCUACAGCAACAUCGAUAUCUUCUACAACAUGGCCACAUGUUUUGGUCUCGGUCGUGGUGAGCCGUCUGAAGAGAAAAGAUAA